CUCGUUGACGAUGGCGGCGCUUCUCCAUCUCAUCACUCUCUUCUCUCUCUCGGCCAUAAUCCUUUCAGUCGCUGAAAAUAUAAGCAUUGACUGUGGAUCAACGGGAUCGUACGUGGACUCCAACAAUGUAAGAUGGGUCGGAGAUACAGGAUUCGUCACCACCGGCGAGACCAUGAAGAUUCCGGACGUCGUUACAAAGCCGAUCAACACCCUCCGGUACUUCCCAACGGGCCAAACCAACUGCUACACCAACAUUCCGGUGAUAAAACACCGGAAAACCCAAGUGAGGACGAAGUUUUACUACGACGGGAAGUAUUCGCCGCCAUCUUUCGACGUGAUUUACGACAAUAAACACCGUGAUCUUGUUGAGAUCACUGAUUCAGUGGUCAAUGACGAGGAAAACUUCUAUUCUUCGGAGGUGAUAUUUGCUCCUGCGAAUGAGAAUAUCAGCGUCUAUCCGUCAGAUCCUUACGGUAGACUUUGGUCCCCGAUUGUUCCCGAAUUAAAGCUCGCACUAAUAACCUCAGCCCCGUCGGUGGACAUCACCGGGGCGUCGAACAAGCCGCCGGAGAGUGUUAUGUCAAAGGCAAUGUUAAACAUCUUAGUCCUCUACGACCUGGCUUUCCCCUUAACCGGUAUACCGGUAUACUUGGCUCUUUACUUCUCGGAGCCUCUGAGUCUACAUCGGACCCAGAAGCGGUCAUUCAACGUUUUCUUGGACGACAUGCAAGUGGGUUCAGAUCCAAUCGUACCGGUUUUUGGGAAAGCGACUCAAGUCGUCCUGAGAGAUGUAGGGGCAACGCCGGAGUCUAAUAUAGUCUUUCAGUCCACUGACGACUCGGAUUUACCGCCCAUCAUCAAUGGUUUGGAGAUAUAUUCGAUAAGUAACAGCCAGUUCGGUAUAGCUAAACCACGAGCAAACAAUGCAGUAAGAGAUGAGGCAAAAGCCACUGGAGGAAAGAAGAAGAAAAUCAAAUUACCACUCAUUCUUGGUGUUACGUUUGCCUCCGCGUUUGCAAUUCUCUCAUCAGCGUUUGGAGCCAUUUUCAUAAGAAAGUCUGGAAACGCUAAGCCACGGUCCAACACAGCACCAACUACGUCCACAGGGCAUGAAACAGGCACCGGGAUGUCGCCUCUGGUUGGACAACAAUCUGCUAGUGACACAAAUGUGGAGAAUGUUUAGCGAUUGAAUUUCAGAGAGAGGAUCUCACGAUUUACUCUGAUGCAACUUAAGAACUUUAUUCAUCUUGUUCUUGAAAACCCA